CAGCUACACUCAUCUAUCUUAUAUCUUGAAGUUACAUAUGAACAAAACAUCAGUAUUAUCCGAGUCAGGAUACUGAGCACAUUGGCGUAUCAGUCAGAUAAUCAAGCAUUGUUGUUAAGUAGAGAAUUCAUUCCUCAUACCUUAGCGUGAUAAGGAUAACGCCCGUCACGACAACAAUGGCAGCACUGGAGAUACUGUGCAGCGUUGCUGUUGUAUUUAUAUUGUUUUACUACUAUGUUACGAGAAAUUAUAAUUUUUGGAAACAACGUCAUGUCGCCGGGCCUGAGCCUAUGUUUCCUUUUGGAAAUUUUAAAGAAAUAACGUUUGGGCAGUUACCAAUUGGCAUUCUAAUAAAACAAUACUACGAUCAAUUCAAAGGAGAGCCCAUGGUCGGUAUAUUUGUCAGAAGCUUACCUACUCUGAUAGUGCGUGAUCCUGAAUUGGUUAAGGACGUAUUAAUAAAGGACUUUACGAGUUUCCCAAAUAGAGGCAUACACUAUAACACAAAAGUCGAUCCGUUAAGCGAAAAUUUGUUUAUGCUCAAAGAAACGAAAUGGCGACCACUUCGUCGAAAACUCACUCCGGUAUUCACGUCCGGAAAAUUGAAGCAAAUGUUCUAUCUAUUGUUGGAAUGCGGAGAUGUAUUCGAAAAGUAUCUUGAUCAUCUUUCGGAAAAGAAUGAACCAAUAGAAUGUCGAGACAUUACAGCAAAGUUUACCACAGAGGUCAUCGGUACAUGUGCAUUUGGUUUGAAGACUGAUGCGAUUGCUGAUGACAACAGCGAGUUUCGAAAAAUGGGUAUCAGAGUAUUUUCUACAAGUUUUAUGAAGACGUUGCAGUUUAUUCUGCGACAGUCUAUGCCCUGGCUUUAUAAUAUUUUGGGAAAAUGUAUGGCUGACUGGGUCGUCAUUGAUUUCUUUACAAAAUCCAUAAAGGACAUAAUAGAACAUAGAAAACAGAAUAACAUUGUCAGACAUGAUUUUAUUGACCUUCUUGUAGAUAUGAAAGAAUAUUCUGAUAACAUGAGUAACGUCGGAGCAUUUUCUCAUGUUUUUAUAUCUGAGAUUAAAUCAAAUAUUAUUUGUUUCAUACUUUAUUUUAACUUGAUUGAUUUUUUAGAUGUCGCGGAUAAUUUAAUUGCUGCCCAAGCUUUUAUUUUCUUUGCUGCUGGAUUUGAAACUUCCUCUACGACCAUGAGCAACGCCCUCUACGAAUUAGCAUUGAAUCAAGAUAUGCAGGAUAAGCUUCGCCAAGAAAUAAAGGAAGAGAUUAUGAAGAACAAUGGCGAGUUAACCUAUGAAGCUGUAAAGGACAUGAAAUACCUUCAUAUGGUAUUUCAAGGUGCAAGAUUUGCGGUAUAUCAGACAAAAGUUGGUCUGAUUAAAGUUCUAAUCAAUCAUAAAGUAGACGUAUGUGAGAAAACAAAAAUCCCAUACGAAUUCAAUACAAGAGCUUUCAUUCUGUCACCGAAAGAUGGUAUCUACUUGAAAUUUUCUAAGUUAAGCGCAUAAUAAGAAAGUCCUAGUAUCACGAAAUGAAGAUUAAGUCUGUAAAAAUAUUGAGAAGCAAUAUCGAACGAAAUAAAAACUGCUUAAUGU